CGCGUCUUACUGCAUACGCCCAUAGGGCUCAGGUCAACUCCAAACGUUUUUGCAACACCAUCUUUGGAAUCGCCGCGCGAAAUGGCGCUACUCGCACGCACACUGCCUCCGGAGGUGCUGCAGGAGAUAAUUGAACUCCUCAGCCCACAGGAACGGCACGCCGUGGUCCCGCUGGUCUGCAAGGCCUGGCUCGCCGCUGUUCACCCCCAGCGCUCGAACGCCUUCCUCUUUAAGGACCUCGUCGUUGCGUCUCCUGCAAUGCUCGCGUCUGGCGCCCGUCCUGUCCGCACGCCGCUUGGCGACGACUCUCUCGCUUGCUACAUCAGGGCGUGGUUGCUGGACCGGCGUCCCUGGGUGGAGCGGCUCACGGUGGACGUAAGCCCGGGGCCGACCGGCCGUGGCGAGGUCGCGGCAUGGGCCAGCGCCUUCGGCAGGGCGCUACCGGCCCUGGCCCAGGAACCAGCAUCUGGCGCCGGAAAUCCUGGAGCUUGCGCCGAGGCGGCUUCCAAUGAGCCCGGUGACGUCGAGGCUCCUGCUGGCGUGCGCGUGCUGACCAUUGUGGGCCCCGGCGUGCGCGCUACCGAGUGCCGCCCCGCCCCAAUCCCCCCCGCCUCCACCAUCACCACCACCACCACGCCUGCCGACGCCGCGGGCACCGUGAUCCUCGGCGCCUUUGCUCUGCCCUCCCUGGAGGAGCUCAUCCUCUCGGACGUCCCCUGGGCCGCCUCGCUGCGGCCGCUGGUGGACCUGUGCCCCUCUGGGUGCGGCCUCGCGCGCCUGCGCCGCCUCACCCUCACGCGCUGCUUCUACCACGCCAGCAGCGCCGCAACCCCGCUCGGCGGCACCAGCAGCAGCACCAGCACCAGCAGCGGCCCCGGCAACAGCAGCGGCCUGGGCUCGGGGAGCGAUGCCGGUUUUCCGGUUUUCAACCGCGACAGCACCGCCAGCACCGUCACCACGACCACCCACACCUUCGACGACGGCGCACCACUGGACGGUGGCGCGGCGGAGGCGUGGGAGGCGCUAGGGGCGCUGCUGGGGAAGUUGCCGUGCCUGGAGGUUCUGGAUCUGUCGUACACACACGCCAUGACGUACCUGGAUCCAGCCCGUGGCGCCGCUGCUGCGCCCUGGCCGGCCCUGACGGCUCUCAAGCACCUUAGCCUGGCCCACGACCUGUCCGUGCAGCCGCCGCCGCCUGCGCCCGAGUGGACAUGGCGGCCGGCCGCGGGCGCGACUGUGAGCGCUUGCGGUGCGGCGUCGGAGGUGGUGGGCGCCGGAGGGGCGGGCCCGUCAAGUGUUGGUCACGCGAGGCAGGCGGCACAGCUGCCAGCGAGCUACGCCGCGGCCUGCAACGGCACCGCAGCAGAGCAGCUGGCGCACCUCUCCCUGGGCUCUGAGGAGUCGGAGGACGAGGUGGAGGAGUUGAAGGACGGGCCCAUCGCCGGAGCAGCAGUCGGACCAGCAACCGCGUCUGCCACUGAAGCUGCAAGCGGAGCUGCAUUCCAAGCGGCAGCCGAAGCGGCAGCCGAAGCGGCAGCCGAAGCGGCAGCCGAAGCGGCGGCCGAGGCUGCAGCGGCACAGGAGGCGGAGGAUGGGGCGUGGGCCUUGCUAGCCGGGCAUGUGCCUUCGCACCUCCCGACACAGACGCAGACGCUUGAGCCCCUGCUGCAGCAGGAAUUCGACUCCUCGCUGUUGACGGUGGACGCGGCGCACGCGGCGGUGGAGCUGCUGACGUGGCUGCCGCGCUGCGCCGCGCUGGUGACGCUGGACCUGCGCGGCUGCGGCCUGGAGGCGGUGCCGCUGGCGGUGGUGCACCUGAGGCAGCUGCAGCGACUGGACCUGCAGGACAAUCCGCUAGUGAGCCUGCGGCUGCCUGGCCCGCUGGAGUCGCUGACGUGGCUGCGCCUCAGCACCGACCCCUGCUAUGACAUGUUGUACAACAUGACCGCGGCGGAGGUGGGUGAGGCGGUCGCGGUUGAUGAGAUGAUGGUGGCGGAACUGCCCACGCCCGCCCUGGAGGAGCUGGAGGUGGACAGCACUAGUGACAGGGCGCUGGAUGCAGUGGCACAGGCGGCGGCGGGGCUGGCGGCGCUGCGGCGCAUGGUGCUGGCCAACCCCCACACCGGCGUCACCAGCAGCCGCGUGGUGCAGGCAGCACUGCUGUAGUGUGGGCAGCACUGGUGUAGCCGUGCGGGGCGUGUGCCUUUGCGCAUGUGUUGGAUGGUAACGUGUCAUGGCGCGGGUCAGUGACUUGUCCGUUUGAAGUACCUCUGAAAUAGCUUGUGCAUUGUUUGAAGUAAACUGUGAUGGCGUGAUGCGCGCACAGUGUUUGUUUGUUGAUGCUAGCAUGCUUGCGUGCGGCCCAGUGUUGUCGAGUGGUAGCAACAGGCACCUGAUAGCUUGGCAGCAUAUGUAACAGUGUUCCAGGUGCUUGGGGCUUCGCCCUCUCGUCCCCAGCCCCUAGUAGAGGUAGGAUAGGCCGACGGCGAUGCAGGCGGCAGGCCGCUGAGGUCCGGAGCAGGGUGAUCGCAGUCCACGUCAUUCGGUCACUGCGUCAGCCGGUCCCUCUUGUAACUGGUGCAAUCU